CACCCCCACCCCCCACCACAGAUAGAGGCGAUGGCAGGACGGGACGCCAGGCAUCAGUGGAGAGCGAGAGGGAGCGGAAAAAGGAUCGGCCGUGAGUGAGCGAGUGUGUGUGUGUGUAUGUGUGUAAGGGUGUGCGUGUGUGUGUGAAUGCAUGUAUGUGCAUGUGAGGAGGACUGAGACAUUCUGUCAACUGUGAAGAGGAGCACAGACCAGGACACAAAGAGAGUGUCUCGCCAACUGACAUGUCGAGGACAACAUUCCAGUGGAUGGGUUUGUGACGGGCCCCUCCUGAGGUUUGGAGCCUGACAACUGAAACCGUUAUCACAGCCGAUUCAUUCCUGUCUAAUUCUACCUGUGACUUCAGCCUGCUUUGGCCUCAGGUGUAGUAUUCUUCUUGCCCGUGGUAGAACCUCAUCGAGGUUGGGGGAACAUCUGGACCGGUGGAACCAGCGGCCUCUUAGGGUUCUGCUCUGGUUCAGCGAUACUGCUCGGCAAUUUGGCUACAGUGGACCAAACAAGGACCCCCAUCACUCUGUGUCUAUCUAACUGUCUAUCUCUCUCUCUCCCCAUCUUGCUAACAAGUGUCGCUCUGUUCACAUAGCAGAGGCACUUUCCUGGACCUUUUCUCUCCCUCUUUCUCUCUGUGUGCGUCGUUUCUCUUUCUCCGUGUCUGCCUUUGUGUCUCUCCGUCGCCCACAUGAGUCGAUCAGGGACCCUGCAGCGACGCACCACCUACCUCAUCUCCCUCACACUCGUCAAGGUCGAGGCCGUCGGCGGCACCGAGGGCGAUGGGUCUCUCCCGGAGAAGGCCGCGACCCUGGCUCUGCCCCCGGCCCCGAGCCCCCUGCCCCUCGGCCCGGGUCAGGACCUGAGGGGGCAGGAUGGGGAGGAUGAGGAAGACGAGGAGGAGGAAGAGGAGGAGGAGGAGGAAGAGGAGGCAAUGGAGGAGCGCGUGGCUCAGCCGGAGAAGCAGGAGGUGGAGGUGCAGGAGAAGGAACGGCUGAAGGAGAAGGAGGCCGUGGAGGUGGAGAUGAGGGCCAGCUGGGCGGUCAGGGAGAAGAGGAGGCCCGAGAGCAGCGACGGGCGGCCGCCCAGAACGCCUGUCCCGAAACCACGCGACAAGACCGUGCCGCUGGUGCCCGUGAAGGACAAGGCGGGCAUGGAGCUGCUGGGCAGCCCGGGGAUGGUGACCCUGGAUCGCGAGCGGGAGCGCCGGGAUGAUGCGGCCAAGAUCGACCUCUACCGGGAGGUCUUCCCACCGCCACAUCGUGGCGUCCCCGAGUGGAUUGACCACGGCUCCAACGGCACACCGAGCCGGGCCAGUCUGACAGGGCGGCCGAGCCAGCGGCCCGAGGCCCUGCUGCGCUCGCACGCCGCCGCUGUCGCCACGGUGAGCCGGCGGGAGCUGCGCGAGGCCAGCCAGAGCGUGCCGCCGUCGGCCAAGAGCCUGGACCGCAAGGCACGCGAGCGCUCGCCGCCCACCACCAUCACCAUGACCAUGGGGCCGUACCGCGCCUCCUGGUCUGAGAGCGAGGGCCGGGGAAUGUUCCAGCGCAUGAGCGGCGUCGGUGUCGGCGGCGUGGGCCCGAUGGGCGUCUCCGCAGCGACGCUGGCCCGGGAGAGCCCGCGCUCGGACCGGCUGAAGGCGGGCUCCACGUCACUGCCGGCCCCCGCCACGCAGGCGCAGCCCGCCAAGCCCCAGCGCAAGGGCAAGAGCCGCACGCUGGACAACAGCGACCUGCACUCGCUGUCCGAAGACCUGCGGCGGGGAAAGGAGGCCCAGAGGGGGGGUGGUAUCGGCGGGGCGGCGGCUCAGGGACAGGCCCCGGCCCGCGACCGCAAGAUGCUCAAGUUCAUCAGUGGCAUCUUCACCAAGAGCACGCCGGCGCCACCUACGGCCGCCACGCUGCCCCCCACGCCCACACCCCUCUACAGCUCCAUGCAGAGGGGCUCCAGCGAGGAGGACGCAGCGUGUGCCAACAGUCAGGAAUGGAUUUUGAGCCGUGCCAUCCAAGAGCUCCGUCUGGGGGUUCUGGGUAGUCUGCAGAGUGGGAAGUCGGCGCUGGUGCACCGCUACAUGACUGGCAGCUACCUGCCUCUGGAGAGCCCCGAGGGGGGCCGUUUUAAGAAGGAAGUGUUGGUGGACGGACAGAGUCACCUGCUGCUCAUUAGAGAAGAACCAGGCCUGCCAGAUGCUCAAUUCUGCAGCUGGGUAGAUGGCGUGAUCCUGGUCUUCAGCUUGGAGAACGAGUCCAGCUUCCAGGAGGUCUACAACAAUUACAGCCAGCUGUCCACCCACCGAAAUGUAGCAGAGGUCCCCUUCAUAGUAGUGGGCACUCAAGAUAAGAUCAGCAGCUCCAACCCGCGAGUCAUAGAAGACGCCAGGGCCCGGCAGCUAUGCUCCGAUGUCAGGCGCUGUUCCUACUUUGAGACGUGCGCCACCUACGGGCUCAACGUCAACCGCGUCUUCACGGAAGCUGCUCAGAAGAUUGUGACAGUGAAAAGGCAGGCCGCUCUGUUUGCGUCCUGCAAAUCUCUCCCCAACUCCCCGAGUCACUCCGGCGGAUCAACCCCAGUGUCAGGAGCCUUCCCUGGGCAGGCAAGUAAUGGGGGUCAGAGCAGUGACUACUCCUCAUCUCUGCCUUCUACUCCGGUCAAUAGUCACAAGGAGAUUGUUGCGUCGGGGGCAGAGAAGUUUGGCAGCGCCACCCCAGGGACCCUCAGGAGUGGCCCACGCCGCCGCACGGCCAGAUUUCCGGGUCGCCAUGGAAGCGAUGAGAGGAGGAGUGUAGAUAGUAAAUGGGAUUUUGGCAGUGGAAGGGCAAUCCCCAUCAAACAGAGUGUUCUACUGAAACGCAGUGGAAGCUCAAUCAACAAGGAAUGGAAGAAGAAGUAUGUCACCCUGUCCAGUGACGGGGUGCUGUCCUACCACUCUAGUGUCAAUGAGUACAUGCAGAACGUCCACGGGAAGGAGAUGGACCUGCUGCGAGUGACUGUGAAGAUUCCAGGGAAGCGUCCACCUCGAGCCGUCUCGUCUGGGGGUCCUCCUGCUGGACAGAAUGGCCUGGUAAAGGACGCCCCAGGAUCAGAGGGAUCAGGAGCAGUGCCUACAUAUCCCUGCGGCCUCCUGACUGUGGAUGAGGGCGGACGGACCCUGGGAAACAGGGGGGUGCAGCGCAACCCCUCCACACUCUCCAGUAAGGCUCAGAGUAUGGACUCUUCUGUAGAGGGCGUAUCCAGCCCCACAUCUGGCAAAGAGCCUGGCCCCUCCUCCCCGAUGAUUGACAGGAAGAAGACAAGAAGGAAGAAGAGCAUGAACCAGAAAGGGGAAGCAGCGUCCGGGCAAGCUGAGGCCAAGCGCAAAAUGUGGAAGCUAAAAAGCUUUGGUAGCUUGAGAAACAUAAAUAAGACAGACGAGGACAACUUUGACUUCAUGGUGGUGUCCAGCACAGGGCAGACGUGGCACUUCGAGGCCCCCAGUCUGGAGGAGCGUGAUGCCUGGGUCCAGGCCAUCGAGAGCCAGAUCCUGGCCAGCCUGCAGUCAUGUGAGAGCAGCAGGAACAAGACUCGGAGAAACAGCCAGAGUGAGGCGGUGGCGGUUCAAGCCAUCCGCAAUGCCAAAGGCAACAGCUUCUGUGUUGACUGUGACGCACCCAACCCCACGUGGGCGAGCCUGAACCUGGGCGCCCUCAUCUGUAUCGAGUGCUCGGGCAUCCACCGCAACCUGGGCACACACCUGUCACGUGUGCGCUCCUUGGACCUGGACGACUGGCCCCACGAGCUCACGCUUGUGCUCAGCGCUAUUGGCAACCACCUGGCCAAUAGCAUCUGGGAGGCGUGCACACAGGGCUGCCACAAGCCCACGCCGGACGCCUCGCGAGAGGAGCGUGAGUCGUGGAUACGGGCCAAAUAUGAGCAGCGCAUGUUCGUGGCGCCACUGACCGGUGUCGCCGAGGGAUUGGACGGUACGCUGUCGGCCCGCCUCCUGCGGGCGGUGACGGACAGGGACCUGCCCCGCCUACUCCUGCUGCUCGCCCACAGCUCCAAGGAGGAGAUCAACGCGCCGGGCGCCGUGGUGACUCACCAUAGCAACGGCAGCACCCAGCAGUCCCGCACCGCCCUCCACGCAGCGUGUCAGCUGGCAGACGUUGUCAUGACGCAGCUGCUCGUUUGGUAUGGCAGUGACGUGAGGUGCCGUGAUCCUCAGGGUCAGACUGCCCUCUCGUUGGCCCGCCGUGCCGGCAGCCAGGAGUGUGCGGACAUACUGGUGCAGUACGGCUGCCCCAUCGAGAGCAGCACCACACCCUGCACCACCCCGACCGGCGCCUCCCUGGGCUCCCCCUGCUCCUCCGGCGCACCACUCCCCAGCGGGAGCGCCAUGGCUGGUGGUGCUGGUGGUGCUGGUGCCACCCCCACCCUCUCAAGCAAAACCAGCGCAGCCACCGCCACCACCCUGAGUAGGAGCAGCUCCCGAAGAGCCGUGUCCUAACUGCACUCAGUCGUGUGUGUGUGUGUGUGUGUGUGUGUGUGUGUGUGUGUGUGUGUGUGUGUGUGUGUGUGUGUGUGUGUAUAAGAGAG